CAUCAAUCGACGGAACCCCGAUCGCGGAUUUAACGGCGUUAUACAUACACACUUAUCCGUCGUUAGACCCUAGUUCAGGAACAGCCUCGGCCGUCAACAAAUCUGUCCCCAAACUUGCAGGCAUCACAACCGCAUCAACAAACACAACACGAACACCUUCGAAUCCCCUAAUUUUCGAUCAUCACUGAAAAUGCCGCCCAAGCAAGCUGCUCCAGCUACUACAAGGGACCAACGCCCCUCCAAGCCUCGCCCCGCGUCCUCCCCGGUCAAAAACACAUACUUGCUCGCCUACAAUGCCGUGUCUGCUGCACUGUGGGCCGGUGUGCUCUACAAGACUGUGACCAUCAGUGCGCAUGAGGUACAGAGCGCGCGUAAAGCUGGCGCCUUCUUUGGACGAAAUGAUGUGCAGAGCGCUGCUGCGGGGCUGGCGAGUGGGAAAGUUUUCGGAGAGCUGGAAGAGUACACGAGACUGGUGCAGAGUCUUGCGGGUCUGGAGGUGCUUCACAGCUUGGUCGGCAUCGUCCGCGCACCCCUCCUCACAACGCUGAUGCAGGUCGCAUCCCGCUUUCUCCUCGUCUGGGGCAUCGCAUACAACUUCCCCGCAACCACGCAGCACUCUCCCGCCUACAGCACGAUGCUGCUCGCCUGGUCCUUCACUGAGGUUGUGCGGUACAGCUACUUCGUCUUCACCCUCAGUGGACUCGGCGUGCCCCCACUACUCUCGUUUCUGCGCUACAACACCUUCAUGAUCCUGUAUCCGCUCGGCAUCUCGAGCGAGUGCUGGCUCGUGUACAAGGCUAUCCCGGCAGCGAAGUUGGUUGAUGAGCGUAUUCCAUAUGCCCUGUGGGCUAUCCUGGCUAUUUACGUUCCGGGCUCGUAUGUCCUGUUCACGCACAUGGUCAAGCAGAGGAGCAGGAUACAGAAGCAGCAGAGGCAAGCGUGACUAGCCGGCGGUGCACCGGGGUACGAUCAGGAGCGGGAGGAUCGGAUCAUGAAGAAGAUGCUGGCGAUGAAGCGCAAACAGGCUAUGGAGAAGGGUGGCGGUGUGGGGAAGAAGUAGAUGAAGGUAGAAAAAAGGUCCUAGACAGCGUAGGAUAUGUACAACAAUGUAACAAUCAUGUCAAUGUCACAUCACAAGACGCGCAAAGAAUAGUAAUAUACUGCAUCCGCGACGUUCCUCACUCAAUGCUCAAGAAGGCAGGUAGCAUCCACCCCAGCCGGCCAGCAUUCUGUCACGCGUCCCAUCAGAGCCUGUCCUUCAGUCCACCCAAAUCUAACAGAAGCAUGGCAUGAUGACUUUCUCUCCGCUCAUGCU